AGUCCAGACUCGACUUCAGAGCUGGCUGUGGUGGUCUAGACCCGACCAUGCAUAACCGCCUCCCUGUAGUGCUAGUGUGGUUGUCAAUGAUUGGAAGUGGAACGUGUGGUUCUCGAUAAUUUGCCGGCUUCGCGGUCCAUUACACUGAAAUAUCAUUCACAUGAAGUGCCAAGACAUAUAGGAUCAAAGUUUUAACCACAUAUUAUGGUUUAAACGGUAACAAUAAACAGUGUAACUAGUCUGACCAUGGACGGUCCAACGCCCUCCAAGCAGUUUAAGAUCUCUGAUGCUCCCACAAACACUGAACACAGUCCAGUGGAGGAUCCUCCCUCCACGAAGUCACAGCCCAGCUCCUCGUCAAAGCUAGACCCCUCAGAGCAGGAGUCCACGCUGGACAUUCUCGAACAAAUUGACAUCUGCCAGGGAGAGCUGGAAAACCUGAAUGAGGAGGCGAGUGAGGAAAUCAUCCGCAUCGAAGAGAAGUUCAACCGGCUUCGCCAGCCCCACAUUGACAGACGUAACGAGUUCAUCAAGAAAAUCCCUAAUUUUUGGGUCUGCACCUUUGUCAAUCAUCCACAGCUUGCCCCGAGACUAAGCGAGGAAGACGAGGAGUGUCUCCACUACCUCCGUCAGCUCAUCGUCCACAAUUACGACGACCUCAAGACUGGCUAUAGCAUCACCUUCCACUUUACCAAGAAUCCAUUCUUCGAGAACGAAACAAUAAGCAAGGAAUUUAGUCUGACUGAGGAUGGGGAACCUACAAGCAAAUCCAGUAAGAUUCGUUGGAAGCCCGGAAUGGACAUUACCAAGAAGAUGAGGUCAAAGGGAAAGGUCAGCGUGCCGUGUGCUAGUUUCUUUGGUUGGUUCAGUGAUCAUCUUGAUGCUGGCAAUGACGAAAUUGCAGAUGUUCUUCGAGAUGACCUUUGGAGCAAUCCUUUACAGUAUUACUUGAUCCCUGACGUUGAUGAUUCACUCGACAAGUCAAGGCUCAUGGACUCUCUCAUGUGCAGUGAUGAUGAGAGUAACAGUAUCAAUAGGAGAGUCGAGGAGCCAGGACCACGUCCCAUCACUGGUAAGAAAGACAUCAACAACGACUCUGCAAUUGGAGAGAGCCAUCCGUCAAGCCAGAGCAACGAUAAAUCACCAGAGGACGAUUCAGUGAACAAGAGCAGCGUGGAGGAUUGUAAAGACACAGUCCAAAAUGAUGCAUCCUAAGGAUGUACUUUGUGCAUGUGUGCAGUAUUAGUCAUUUGUUUUCAUAUUUCUGGCCAGCAUUUAUGCAGUUCAACAAAAACUGGUGAGUAUUUGUAGGUAUCUCGGCAUGAACUUGACCGAGAAUGUUUUAGGUCACGGGAUUGUCAGUUAGUUCGUCACUGGUAUUUGACUCCGCAUCACACGUAAGGACGAUUAUACUGCAGAGAGGAGAGAGACCAGCAACACGAUAUGAACCCUGACCUUCUGGUCUAGGCUCACCAAGUCCAGGAACUCGGGCCGUUCUUUUCAAACUUUAGCUUUGUCUCAGUCCUUAGUGCCGAGCACCAAAUAUUCACCUGACUUUUGACAGUUCGGCUCAAUUUACUUACUUCUAUUCAUUUGAUCUGAACCAGUGUUGUAGUCGAGUACCUUUCAACUACCAAAUAUUUUACUAGUUAGGAGGGAACAAAGCUGAGGUACAUGGACAUUUGAUGGCACAUGUACAAAGGUAAGAUUACACAGUAAUGUGAUGACUUCAGACUUCAUAUUGGUGGUCUUGUCAGGUGUAUCAAUGCAUAGCUCUGUGUUGCUCUGUGCAAAGAAAAAUUGGAGAAUUCUUCCAAACCUCCCCAUUCAUUUGGUCAGUGCCAUUUUGAAAAAAGUCUAGAAAAAACUUUUCCCCAGUUAGUACUGUAAAAUUUCUCAGCAUCUUAGCAAUGUUAAACUUCUCCAUAAAAGGUUGUACUGAGCCGACUUUGCACAGUGUUUGACAUAUACAGACACGGGAUUAGUUUAAUUCUCCCCUCCUCGUUGUGGCAAAGAGAGGUCUCUUCACCCUCAAGUUGUCUGUUAAAAUCCAGUAUAUUUUAAAUUCCCCCUCCCUGAAUGAAAAUCCUGGCAAGAUCACUGACAGAACCACUCUCUCUUGUAUUGAUUAUUUUGUAACUACAAAAGCCUUGUAGAUGUGGAUAUAUGUGUUGUUUUUUUUAACUGUCUGGAAGUACAUCCUCCACUUUGGAUGGCUUGUGUGUACUUGAAUCGCUUGGGUGUUUUAAGCAAGUCAAGAACACUGCCUCUGAAGUCUUGCAUUAUCAGGGGCAAUUUCCAUUGCUUGAUAUCAUUGUCAUCUUGACAGCUCCAGCUUUUGAAUAUCACUUGUCCGAUUUUAGAAAUGCAGUGACCAAUUUCAGGAAAACUUGGCUUGACCUGAAAAACAUCCAAGCUUCGAAUGUUAGAAACAUCUUGCCAUAUAGGACAAGCAUUUUCAAAAGCCAUGAUCCCUAGUGCGUCACACUGCGGUAUGUCACACUGUCGCACAUGAAUGGGCACUGUUCCCUUAUGCACUAAAGGGACAAAAAUGUCGCAGUCUGCAUGAAGUUUACAGAUGCUCAAGAUAUCGAGCACACACACUCAAUCUGGUUCGUACCCCAAGGAAAAAAAGAUGAAAGUGAUAAUGGAACCCUAAUAUAAAUACAAGGUGGCAGAUUUGCGUCUUCGCCAUUUAUGUUUUAAGUCAAGGACUGAAACCGACUGCAUUGGCACUUAUGUACUGGUAUUUCACUUGAAGCUUUAAUGUGGAACUCCUUAAUGCAGUGUGCAACCUACCAGCCUUGAGAUUGACUCCUUUUCUACGCCCGUCUCUCAAGUGCUAGGUGACAUCAAAACACCUACUGUACAUUGUUACAUUGUAAAGUUUGUAUUCAUAUUUGUAGUGUGUGCUUUUAAUAAUAGACCGAUUGCCCCCCCCCCCGCUAAGUUACUGAUCUUUGAUAGCUAUUAUAGGUAACGUGACUUAGCACGCACAAUCGGUCUAUACCAAAACAAAGCAAAUAACUUUAUUUUAAUUGUUACUGUUGGAUAGCCUGCCAACACCAUAUUUAUGUAGACAUACGUGCAUGCAUUCUGGAAAAUUUUGGUCUUUCUUGUGAAUAGUAUGGUAACUUGUAGAAAGCUUACUUGCUUUGCUAAUGCAUGUCGUCGACAGUCAUCGUGGCAUUUAACUGUCCCUGGGAUAGCUAGCACCUUAUGGCAUGUGGAAUUUUGGGAAGUGUUCUGGAUUUCCCAGUAAUAUGCCCGGUGUAUCAAAUGUACAGUGCAUUCUUCCCCUGCACUUACUGUGCAACUGUGAGCGCAACUGUGCUCAAUUUGAUACUCACAUGACUUCUUGUCCUUACUUGAGCCUGGUUCAAGUAACAUGCUGGCUUACAUGUACGAGUCGAAUGAUGCAUAGGAAAGUUGAUUGUUGUAAAUAGUUGAGAAAAAUCAUUGCAUGUUAUGGUAAACCGGCUCAUGCAUGUUCAGAUGUCCACAGCAACUUGCUGUGGACGGUUCAAACUCACGUUUCAACUUCAAUCUCUGCAUGACCUGUGGGUCCAGUUUUGGCACUUCAGGUAACCGUCUAUCACCACAGAUUCAGCCUGUCCAUAUAUGUUCCUGUGUUGGAAUCACAGGCAAGUGCAAGGGAAGUGUUUGAAUGAGCUAGUGCACAACUUCCAAACUUGAUACAGGGUCUUUAGAAUGUCAUGGCACCAAAGGAGUAUAAUGUACAGAUGUUUUUAUGACCUGUGUUAACCUUUUUAUCAGCGAUGCAUAUGUGAAAUGUUGCUGCAGUGCAGGAGCUAUUUCUAUGGUGGUGCUGAGCACAGAACCUUGCUAGGUGCAAGAGUUGUUUGUUUCAUAAAUUAAUGUUCCCAAAACAAGACGUUGGCCUGAAAGUUCUGUACUGGUCCGAUUCCCUGACUUCACUGUGUUCAAACAGACAGAGGUCUGCCCAGUUCUCACAAUGCCCAGUUGGACUUCAGUUUUGCUCGCGUUUAUGAUGCUUGGGUGUAUAAUGGUCAUGUAUCAUGGCUGUUGUUGCUCAGUGGCCAAAUUCCAUUAAUACCGGAGAUAGAGAACCAGACUAUGUACAUGUAUGUUACACGGUCCUUGAUAAAUAAAACAUUUAUUAACCCUAACAGUCCAAAACCUUCCGAUUUCAAUAUGAUUUUACAUAUACCCUGGGGGGGGUUAGGGUUAAAUAAUAUCCACAGAAAUUCUCACCUGCAGCUGUUUUUGUGGAUCUUUACCGGUGAUAUCACAAAGUCCAAAGACCAAAAAUAAAUGUAAACAAACUGUAAAAUCACCUUUAAAAAAUAGCAUUUUAUCAUUACGGUUAUUUUCAAACUUCAAAAUGGCAGAAUGAAGCUCAUAGCUUGAAAUAUGUGCUCUAAACUACUAACCAACUACUAUUAAUUAAUAUUUGAAGUUCAGAGAGCCUACUGUUAGCGGUGUUCUGCUGCCUUGAAUGGACAUUCCAUGUGUGAAGAAUAAGACCAUUUUUCCUUUAGAUAAAAAUUCCUCUCCUUUCAAUGCAAGUUCAUGUAUUCAGAUCUUAAACAUCAGCUACCAUUUUGCAAAUUCAUUUUAUUUAAAACAUCGAUUAAAUAUUAACUGUACAAUUUGGCAAAGAUUUGUUUAAACGUAAGUACUUUCUGUCCCAAAAAAUUGAUUAAAGUUGUCCUUUUUGUAGCACAGUCA